GGACAAUCACAAGUAGACCUCUUUGCUCAAAAAUUAUUAUCUUUGGUGUUUGCAUUAUCUCUGGUAUACAGCGUGUUCCGGAAAGCCCCGAUAGGUUUUAAGUCCUUUACUGCUAUACUUUAGACAUGGCGGUGGUUCCCAUAUCGAAGAAAAAGAAGUUCGUUGGAGACGGCGUAUUUAAGGCCGAAUUAAAUGAGUUCCUUACGCGAGAACUCGCUGAGGAUGGAUAUUCCGGCGUGGAGGUUCGUGUCACACCAACGCGUACGGAGAUCAUCAUUAUGGCAACAAGAACACAGAACGUUUUGGGCGACAAGGGUCGGAGGAUACGAGAAUUGACGUCCGUUGUUCAGAAAAGAUUUAACUUUCAAGACCAGUCAAUUGAACUCUAUGCAGAGAAGGUGGCGACUAGAGGGCUUUGCGCUAUAGCACAGGCAGAGUCCCUUCGUUACAAGCUGAUUGGAGGUCUCGCUGUUAGGAGGGCAUGUUAUGGUGUUCUGCGGUUCAUCAUGGAAAGUGAAGCCAAGGGAUGUGAGGUGGUGGUAUCUGGAAAGCUGAGAGGUCAGCGGGCAAAGUCCAUGAAGUUCGUUGAUGGUCUCAUGAUUCACAGUGGAGAGCCUACGAAUGACUAUGUCGAUACUGCUACUCGCCAUGUGUUACUGAGACAAGGUGUGCUUGGUAUAAAAGUUAAGAUUAUGUUGCCUUGGGAUCCCAAUGGCAAACGUGGUCCCAAGAAACCUCUGCCAGACAAUGUUUCUGUUGUGGAACCUAAAGACGAGUUGCUGCCAACCUCACCAUCUAGUGAGAUCAAAGCUGCGAAGCCGGAGGCCACUCCUCCUAUUGCUGCAGCAGCUGGCUUGUAAAAUGUUACAGAUGUUUCAUUAAUAAAAAGUAAAAACUUUGACUAUGUA